UUGUAGACUUAACAUAGAAGUGGUGAAAUAAGGAAGUGGUCUCUAUUCCAUAGGCUACUUUGGUUUCUGCCAGCAGCCAAUGCCUUAGCCAUAACUAAAAGUACAGAGUUAGCUCUUCUUCCUGUGAGUGAUCAAAACAGGAGAGAGAUAUAUGAAAUGUGGGUGGUGGUCUCAUCAGAAAUCUCCACUCUCAUAUGUCAAAGAGAAAUAUUCAGACCACCAACCUACUCUUCUCCUCAUGGGCGGUAGUUUCAUUGAUGGUAGGCGUUUUCUUGGAAGAAUGGGUUGAAUUAGUUCCAAAAAUUAAAAAGGACAAGAUUAGCCGCAGUCCAUGGAUGACAUGCUGCAGUACCAUUUGGCCAGAAGAUAGCCUGAAAGUGGUCAGGAUCAUGAUGAUGUUGGCCCUCUGCCUUUCCUUCUUUCUUAACUUGAUCCUGGGUAUACAAUACACUUAUAUGAUUCCUCGGAAUAAAUACAUGCACUUCAUCAUUGCCUUCAUCUGUUUCCUCACAGGUUUUCUCUGUCUCGUACAGUGCAAGCAGCCCAUCCAUAGUCGCACCUGCCGGAAAAUCCACCCAUCUGAUGAACAGUGUAGUGAUAAACAGCUCUCCGGGCAUUCUAUCCAAGUUAUCUCACUGCCAGAGAGCACUGCAGUGCCACGGAGCAUCGUCCACACACCCUUGCAGGACUCAAAGAAAGAUGCUGUGAAAAAAGAUCAUCUCCAGAAACGUCAUGUGACGUGGGCUCUGUGACUGAACAGUCUGUCAUCCAUACCUGGCCAUCUUCACGGAUGCAGCAUCUUGAGCAUGCACAGUGCUGUGCAUCUCCAGCCCC